AUGGCACUCUCAUCGAAUUGCUGGAAAUAUCUCGUCCUGACCUUCAAUGUUUUGUUCGCUAUGUCAGCUGUGGUACUUUUCUGUACGAGUGGAUUUCUUCUAUACAAGCUAUUCAUUUUUAGACAUUUUAUAGGAAUAAGUGUGGAAUAUCCGGCGAUAUUGUUAUUAAUGAUGGCUAUAAUAACCUGCUCCAUUUCGUGGAUCGGUUGGAGGACUGCGAAAUCUAUGCAUCAGAUUCACGUCAUAAUUACGGCGUUAUUAAUAAUACUAGUUGUGGUGAUCGAGUUUGCCUGCUUCGUUUGGGCGAUGGUGGUCUGGGACAACGUAGAAAUUGAUAUAAAGACAACCAUGACAUCUUAUUUCAUGAUGUCCAACGCAAGUAAGGAGACCAAUACAGAUUCCGUGAGAUGGGAUCGGUUACAUGUCAAGUUUGAAUGUUGUGGAGUGAGUGGUCCCAAUGACUACAGCGCCGCUGGCCACGUGCCUUUUUCAUGCUGCGGCCAGGGUCCUUUAGACUCCAUCCAAAAACCUUACACAUCUGACUGCAGCACCCUGUAUCAAAGAGGCUGCGGCAACUUGCUGCAUCAGUACGCAAAAGAGCAGCUGCUUUGGGUCGCCAUGACAGCGUUGACGGCGUCAUUGCUUCAGAGUUCUGGCAUCUUCUGUACUUUCUUCCUCGCUCACGCUAUAAAAGAAAAACGGAGAGCUUCCAUACGUCACUCGAUGUCAGUCAGAGAGAAUUUCGCGCCAGAUGACUCUCUACUCGCCCCACCGACCGCUCCCAAUCCGACAUUGCCGAAAUAUUAA